UUAUAUCAUCGUACAAGGAGCCUGUCCGAGGCUGGAUAGACAACGUGUACGGCCCGACAGGUCUAAUGGUUGGUCUAGGGACCGGAGUGAUACACACCUACUUCGGAGACGAGACGCACGUGACGGACAUUGUACCUGUGGAUCUGGUCACCAACGCUCUCCUUGCAUCUGCCUGGCGAGCUGGGACUAGAAUAGAAGGGGACAUUCCGAUAUACAACUACGUCAGUUCUAGCCAAAACCCCAUAUCCUGGAAAACGUUUCACGUCUUAGCCCACAAGUACGGACCCAACUGGCCGACAGUUCAUGCCAUCUGGUACUACUUCUUUAUGAGCUUUGAGAACCCUUAUGCCUUCAUGAUCGCCAACUUCCUCUUCCACACGUGCUUCGGCUAUAUCAUGGACGGACUGGCAAUAAUUACGGGUCGUAAACCUAUGCUGACAAAAAUAUACAGAAAACUGGACAAAUUUGCAGACACUAUGACAUAUUUCGCCAACAGAAUUUGGACUUUCAAAAAUGACAACACCCAAAAACUAUGGCGAACUCUCAGUGAAAAGGACAAGGAGUUAUUUUUCUUUGACAUCGGCAAGAUGUCGUGGGAGUACCAUGCACAAGCUCUGUGUCUAGGACUGCGAGUGUAUCUGCUUAAGGAUGACAUUGACACUCUUCCAAGGGCGAGGAGGAAGUGGAACAGGUUGUAUUGGCUCCAUCUAGCUGUGACCACUUUCUUGUCCUUGGUCACGCUCAAACUUGUCGUGACCUUCCUGCGGUAUCUCCCACUGUGACCAGCUACGUGACAUCACGUAUUCAACUCUCUGUGAUCCGAGAUGGAACAGCGUCAAGACAAUUUAUUUUGUUUCAUCUAAGGAAAAGUCAUAGACCAUUGUAUUAUUGAAAUUCCCUGUCAAAAUAUUUUAUUUAAGUUUCAAUGUUACCGUAGUGUUUAGUUAAGAUGUGUAAUGUACAUGAGUAAGUAAAACCGUAAUCUAAAAUUUUACAUUGUGUGGACACUGAGAAGAAAAGUGAACUUUAGCCAAACAGCAAAUUUUUGCGAUAAAAUAUACAUUUUCACUAAUAAGCUACCCUUAACCAUGUAUUAUUAACUCUACAUACAAAACUAUAGUUGGAAAUUGCUCACAAGCUAUUGCUUAAAGAAAGUGUCUUGCCACUGUAUUAUUUUCUUAGUAUAUUUACUUAGGACCACUCUAGAUUUUAGUCCUCAUUCUAUUUACAUUUACACUUGUGAAUUAACUACUUUGAAAAAUAAAGUUUUAUUACAAGAUCAA